ACCACCAGCUGUCGACACCCAGGAGUGGCAACGCCGGAAAUGAGGUGGCCUUUUGUAGAACAAGCGAAAAAUAAACACGUAAUCGAGAAGUAGCUGCGCCGAGCCUUUAGUUUUACAUAUUUGGGGGUCGAAAAAUCAUUUUGUUGGAUGGAAGGACAGACGCAGGUGUGAUUCUGCCUUGUUACAGGUGCAGCUCGUCGCUGUUCGCCCUUCAUCUUCGGUCGGUUCGGUUACAGAGCGCUCAGCGGCGGCUGCGUUACAUUGGCUGCCCUGUGGUGGAGAAGCGGUCGGUGCAGAAAUGGUGCGAGCAGCUCUGGUAACGGCUACCAGCCUGGCACUGACCGGUGCGGUGGUCGCCCAUGCCUAUUUCCUUAAGCACCAGUUUUACCCUACAGUGGUAUACCUUACCAAAAGCAGCCCUAGUAUGGCAGUUUUAUAUAUCCAGGCAUUUGUGUUGGUUUUUCUGCUGGGAAAGUUUAUGCGAAAGGUCUUUUUUGGACAGUUGAGAGCUGCAGAGAUGGAGCACCUGAUUGAGCGUUCUUGGUACGCAGUGACGGAGACCUGCUUAGCCUUUACAGUGUUCAGGGAUGACUUUUCCCCUCGUUUUGUGGCCCUCUUCACUUUGCUGCUCUUCCUUAAGUGCUUCCAUUGGCUGGCUGAAGACAGAGUGGACUUUAUGGAAAGGAGUCCAGAUAUCUCAUGGGUCUUUCAUUUUAGAGUUGUCUCCUUAAUGGUUUUGCUGGGAGUACUAGAUUUCUUAUUUGUCAAUCACGCCUGCCAUAGCAUUAUUACAAGAGGAGCCUCAGUGCAGCUGGUCUUUGGAUUCGAGUAUGCAAUUCUUAUGACCAUGGUUCUCACCACCUUCAUUAAGUACACCUUGCAUACAAUCGACCUACAGAGUGAGAACCCAUGGGAAAAUAAAGCCGUCUAUAUGCUCUAUACGGAGCUCUUCACAGGUUUCAUCAAAGUGCUGUUGUACAUGGCGUUCAUGACAAUAAUGAUCAAAGUGCACACCUUCCCCCUGUUUGCCAUUCGGCCUAUGUAUCUUGCAAUGAGGCAAUUUAAGAAGGCUGUGACGGAUGCAAUAAUGUCUCGACGAGCCAUUCGCAACAUGAACACUCUCUAUCCAGAUGCCACUCCUGAGGACUUGCAAGCCUCUGACAAUGUAUGCAUCAUCUGUCGAGAGGAGAUGGUUACUGGAGCCAAGAAACUGCCCUGCAACCACAUCUUUCACUCAAGUUGCCUUCGCUCUUGGUUCCAGAGGCAGCAGACAUGUCCAACCUGUCGUAUGGAUGUUCUGCGAGCAUCACAGCCCAAUCCAACUCCUACUCCAGCUGCUCCAGCAGCUCCUGCAGCCCCUGCAGCCCCAGCUAAUGCUCCUGCACCCCAAGCUGCUAAUGUUGCGCCAGGUAUGAUGCCACACUUCCCCCCAGGUCUCUUCCCUUUUUGGGGUCCCUUCCCUGGUGCUGCACCCCCUGCUGGUCCGCCAGGUGCUCAAGCUGCUAACAGCACUCCACAGACCAGUGCAGAUGCAACCCAGACUCCAGGGGCAGAUGCAGGAGCUAGUAGCUCAAGUCAGCCCAGUACAGAUGAUGCCACCACUGCUCCUGCAGCUGCAGUGCCUGGAUUCCCCUUUUCCAUGCCCCCACCUUUCCCGUCUGCACCAUGGCUGCCCAUGCCUCCACCUCCACCCUUUAUGUCGUCCAUGCCUCCUCCUCCGGCGUCUCUAUCGACAAUGUCUGAGGAAGAGCUGAGGGAACUGGAGCAGGAGGGCCGGCGAGGUCUGGAGGCUAGGCUACAGUGCCUUCAUAAUAUUCACACACUGCUGGACGCUGCCAUGCUCAACAUCCACCACUACCUCACCACUGUUGCCACGCUCAGCCCUCCUCGGUCAGAAAGCAGCCCUGGCGAGGUCAGCGGAUCAGGGAGAACUGAGUCAUCUGCCUCAGCAGGCGAUACUGAGGCCUCUAGCCAGGAGAGUGGUGCACAAACUAUUGGUCCUGUGAAUGGAGCAACAGGCUUUUCUCAGCCAAACUCAACCACAGCUGCUGAGAAGGAAGAGAAGAAGGAGGAAGAGGGAGGAGAGGAUGACGGAGAGCCCAACGCUGCAGAGCUAAGACGAAGACGUCUGCGCAAGCUAGAGACCACGCCGCCUCCUGACCACUGAUUAUUCAUCCAGUGAACCAAGCAUGGCGCUUCAGAAAGGACUUCUUAUACUAGAAACACAUCUCAUACACCCUUCCUUUGGCACUUUGGGUGUAUGAGAUCAGAUUGUUUCCUGAGGGGCUCUUAUGUGUUAUUUAAGAUAUCGAGUCAGCAUGUUGAGUAAGUUUCAAAGAUAAUUUGAAUAAAGUGUAAGGGAGAUUCUCAGAUAGAAGACCAGCUCCUGAGUACAGUGCAGAAUCAGUAAUCUAAGACAUACCAGAGGUCAAUUCAUUCAUUAAACUACAUAGUUCAUUUGUUUUUCCUCACUUAAGACUCUGAAUAUGGUCUUUUUCCUUGAAACCCAUCACAGAGAAUGAGUAUUGAAAUAGGAGGAUGAUUUUUGGAUUUGCCAUCUGUCCUUACAGGUGGAUAUUUUUUUUCAUUCUUUGUGCUUUUGAUCAUUUCUAGCUCUUAUUUUCUUUAGAUCUGAAUUUUGCUAUGAGAGGGGAAAUCAUACAUAACAUGGCAGAGUAAAUUAACGUAUGUGUACAUACUGUAUAAAGUGUUUUAAUAGGAGAAUCUGUACAUACUGCAGAAUAAACUGUUCAUGUCAGU